GUAGAUACACUAGGAUGGGCGCUUUAGAACAUGAGAUUGAUUUCCCACGAGGCGGUGCUGCGGCAGUUCCUCCUCACCAGAAAGACUCCAGUUACUCUAGUAAACAUAAAUUUAGAAAGGCCGGAAAUCAGUUGUUCGGUGUGGAUAAAAAGCGAGGAACAAAAAGGAAGGAGCCUGUGACCGCUGAAAUACCAGCGAAGAAAAGAAAAUGUAAUGGAAAUGGAGUGGUUUGGACGAAAGCAGUGACGCAAAAACUGCUUACGGAUGGUGUUAUGGGGCUAGGAGUAGUUACGGAGGUUUAUGCAGAUUAUGUGUUGUUGGAAACCGCAUAUUCCUGUCGGGUAAAAUUACCCGCCACACAAAUCUCCAAGAAAUUCACGGAUUUACUGAAAUCAGAGAAAAUUUCGCUGGAUUCUACAUUUGUUGUUGGUCAGAUGGUUCCUUUUCGCGUUAUUGAGCGAAGUUCACAAACAGCCGAGAAAAAACGUGGUUUUGCUGGUAAGAAAAAAACCUCGGAAGUCCUACCUAUUGUUACCUGUGAUCCGUCAAAACUCAAUGCUCAUUUAACACCUUUAACUUUGAUGCCAGGAUUAGUUUUACAUGCUGUUGUAACAAGUCAGGAAGAGAAAGGAGCUGUAAUGGAUAUUGGUAUGCAAUCGAUGCAGGCUUUUCUGCCGACUGAGAAGCAACAACGUCCAGUUGAAGUCGGACAGCCAGUGAUUGUUGGUAUUGAUUCGUUAAAAACUUCUAGGGUUGUGGUUGUCACUUCCUAUGUCGAACAGAGUAGUCUUUGCUUGGAGGCAUGUGAGAGUUUGGUGCUCAACCACUUAAUGCCUGGUACGAUUAUUGAGUGUGUAGCUGAUCCCCAACCACCAGUAUCAGCUGGUGUUUAUGUGACUUUGGGAAACGGUGUGCGAGGAUUUGUGGCCAAGAGUAACCUACCUCCUCGUCUUCGUUGCGAUAUUACGAAAGUUGGAAAGACAUUACGCUGUGUCGUUAUGUUUUGUCAACAAAAUACCCCUCUACUUGUACUCUCUGCUCAUCCUGAUAUUGUGGCUAUAAGCAAGCUGGAAAAACGAUCAUCAUUUAUGGGCUAUUCUAUUGGUGAUCGCCUCAAAUGCAAAGUUAUCGAUGUUAUACCAUCUAAGCUUUUUGUUUGUUUCUCAUUACCGACGACAGAAGAUGGGAAGGAUGCUGUGCCAGGCGAAGUUGUGGUUGCCAAAGUAACGGAUGUUCAUCCUCGUGGAGUACAAGUCACUGUCAGCGACUUGAUAAAGGGAUUUAUUCCUUUGGAUCAUGUUGCUGACAAGAAAGUUGCACUAGAAAAAGCUUUCACAGUUGGUGCCAACGUCAAAUGCCGCGUGUGGUUAGUGAAUGCGAAAAAGAAACAAAUUUGGCUCACUGCUCGUCCAUCUCUUGUAAACUACAAGGGAACUUUGAUUUCGUCGUAUAGCCCUAAAUACGAUGGGGUUGUAGCAGUUGGUGUAGUCGUAAAGAUUUUGGAAACCGGUGGUGCAAUUGUGCAGUUUUUCGGGACAGUUCGUGGCCUUCUUUCAGCCAGUGAAGCAAAGAGGAUUGCGAAUGAAGUUAGACAAGGAAUGGUUCUGGAGGUGCGUGUUAUGUCAGUCAACGCUUCAGAAGAAAAGAUGACGUUGGCUUUAGCCGAUGAGUCAAUAUCAGCGCCAAAUCAUAUAAUUAAUCCAAAGCCUGUCAAUUUUGAUUCUAAUGGGAAGAUGGUGUUUACUGGUAUCGUUGACGAUGUGUGUGAAGAUGAAUCAUCAAUCGGUGGACGAAAAUUGGAAAAAGUCCUACUUCACCUUGAAUUGGACAAAUUCGUGAGAGGAUAUCUCAAACCUGUUCAUUUUUCUGAGUUCCUUGAUUUACCAUUGGAGUCAAUGGUGGGGUUGCUGUAUAAAGGACUCAAGCUGUCCCCUGUCAUUCCACUUGGAUCUGUUGGUGGUCAUAAUCGAUUCAUCUCAAAGCGGUUUGUGUGCACGUGGCUUGAAUGUUUCAAAAUGGACAUUCCGAAGUGCUUUGCUAAUUUGAAGCCAUUUCAGCUGGUUUGUGGAAUUAUUUCUCAACGAGUACCGGAUGACUGUCUUUAUGUAGAGAUUGUUGGUGGCAGUGGACUGUUAGGGAAAGUAGCAUUCGAUGACAUAGAUGGAGGUAAGGAUGGAGCUUCUAGUCUACAGAUAGGGCAAACAGUGGUGGGACGCAUACGUAGCAUUCAUUCGGAGAAGAAGACAUUCCGUGUUAGUUUAAAGCUUAUUGACUGUGUUCCUCACGAACAUCUACCGUCAAAGACUUCAUCGCCAGCUGCCAGCAUAGCAUUACAACUUGUACGGUCCUGUGUUGAAGAAAUGCUUCAAAUUGCUCGGUCAUCCAAAGUUGAACUACCACUUCAUGGUUCAUUUCAUAUUCGCCUUUACUUCACUGGAUCGACUGUAAUUUCGACAAUAUCACAAAUCGUCGAUGAUGAAUUGUUCGUGAUUUUUAACGACAAAUUAACAGGUCGUGUUCGUAAGGGUAACUACACAGAUGGCGUUAAGGUUGGUGAUAAGAUCAAAUGUCUGGUCAUUGAUUACGUCUUUCCCCAAAACGAUGCUGAGUUAGUGAUGGUAGACAUGAUAAGUACAGUUGCAGUAGCGAGUAAGAAAAUUAAGAAAAAAUCUCUAGUGAAACAGAACCCUGAACCUCCUGCAAACCGCGUUGUGCUUGCGAAGAGAGAUUAUAUUGCUGUACUACCUAUACGAAUUUCCUAUGGCGAUGAAGUUGAUAUUGGAGACAUAAUUCCUAUAACGGACCAAGUGCACAUCGGUCUUCUUAAAAAGGAUACUGACUUGAUUAACGAGUUGAUACCUCCGCAACAUUUGCCAAGAUCUUUUCCUGAGAAGAAAUCAGCGAAGCUAAGUGAAAGCGAAAUUGGUUUGGCAAAGAAGUCGAAAUCUAAAUUGGGUUUGCGCACGAAAAGCGUAAAGAAUCUUAGCACAUAUACUGGUAUUGUGCUUGGACCGUGGAUUAGUGAUGACCGUCGUGAUCAUGGAAAGCUCGCUGCUCAAAUAGAAUUGCCUGGAGGUCAUAUAGGACGCCUCCAUGUGUCCGAACUACCUUCUCGUUUGCUGAUUGAAAACACUUUCCCUCUUGAAAAUUUCUUAAAGAAAUAUCGAAGGAGAUCUGUUGUCGUGAAGAUUAUCAAGUUUAUCUCAAUAAAGAAGAAAGACGCUAAGAUUCGUGUUGCUGAGUUGACUAUGAAUGAGACCAAAAUCGCGGAGCCACGCAAGAAAGCCACUGCAGUUGCUUUCCAAACAGUAUUUACACAUGGAGAAAUUCUUCGUUGUUUUAUAUCACCAGAUCAAGACCUCACCAAGAAAAAGAUUCGUGUUGAAGUCAACCCUCUUUGGUCUGGUCAAAUUGCGAUUGAAGCUUCUAGUGAGGAUCUGAAGGCUGAGGCUCCUGAUCGCGAUGGCGAAGUGUUCGAAUAUCUGCCAAAACCAGGUGAAAUGCGAUUAGCAGAGGUACUAAGUGCGAUAAAAUUGAAAAAGAGUCACGGACAUGGGUUACUGAAUUUGGCACUCGAUAUGCAAGCUAGUAUAGUGAGAUUCGAUGUUGGCCACCGACUAACUGGUAGAGUAAUACACAUAAACCUUCAUCCGAUUUCGGUGCUUUUUCAACUUCCUAAUGGGCAACAAGCAACGUUAUGUGCUACUGCUAUUGCUAACAAUUACGAAAAAGUUACGGAGCACAUUUUCCAUCUAUAUGCUCUUCGUCAAGAUCAUAAUCCUCAACGAAAUUAUGUUUGUACUGAAGGACGGUAUGAGUCUUAUUUGAAGCAGAAGGAAUCAAAUGAGUAUCUUGAAUGUCGACGUCUACUUGUUGAUCCAAACGAAGUUGUAGUUGGACUCAUAGACAGAAAAAGAAAAAUCGACGAUGACAAUUCUGGAGUCGUUGUGAAGGAAAGGAAAGAAAAAUCUCUCACUAGAGAUAUUGAGAAAGUUAAGCUAAGCGACCCUGGAUUUGACUGGUCGAAUGUUGGUUUUCGACCAGAAGAUUUGGCGGCAGUUGGCAAAAUUGGCAGUGAUGUUGCUAAUGAAUCUUCUUCUGACCGAUCAGCAGCACAUUCAUCAACAGAUAAUGUGCCGAUAAAAGCGGAACUCGAAGAACGGAUGAAGGUCUUAAAGUCGUUAACAAAAGAGGAGAAGGAUAUGGAAAAAGAACGAGCACUGGUGAGUCGCGAAACAGAACUUUCUGGUGAUUUGAAUUCCGAAACCCAAGAGGAUUUUGCUCGCCUUCUUCGGAAGGAUCCCAAUUCUGCUGAAAUUUGGAUAAGGUACAUUUCGUUUUUCCUGGAAAAGAACGAUCUAAGCAUGGCACGUGCUACAGCAGAGCGAGCUCUUACUGUUAUUAAUUAUAGAGAAGAGACCGAAAUUUUCAAUAUCUGGACGGCUUACUUAAACAUGGAAGUGGCAUACGGCGAUGAAAACUCAACCAAAGAAAUAUUUCAGCGGUCAUGUGGUAACGCGGACGCUUUGAAAAUGCAUAUUCAGAUGGCAGCCAUCUUUUCUGAAGCUGGAAAAUUCAGUGAAGCGGAUGAGGUCUACGAAGUGAUGUUAAAGAAGUUCCGAGCAAACGCCGAUGACGUAUGGACGCUAUACGGUGAACACUUAAUGAAAACCGAUCGUGCUGACAAAGCACGUGAUCUAAUGAAGAGAGCACUUACAAGUGUUCCAAAACAACGACAUGUCCCUAUAAUCAGCCGAUUUGCUCAAAUGGAGUUCCGCAAAGGAGACAUUGAACGGGGACGCACAUUGUUUGAAAACUUGGUUAGUGCUUAUCCGAAGAAGACUGAUUUAUGGUUAGUUUAUGCCGACCUUUCCCUCAAGCAUUCGGGAAUUGAAAUGACCAGACAGAUACUGGAGCGUGCGUGUUCUCUACGACUGAGCAUGCAUAAACUCCGCCCGCUUUUCCGUAAAUGGAUGGAGGCCGAGGAACGGUUUGGAGACGACAAAUCGCGGUUGCUGUUACAAGAGAAAGCUGAGAAGUUCCUUGAGUUGAAUCUUGGCGAUUCUGAGGAAAUUGAAGAGUAA